AUGUCAAGAGCGCCGAAAGAGAGUUAUUACGAUAUCCUAGGCGUUCACAAAGAAGCCUCGUUUAAUGAGAUCAAGUCCAAGUAUCAACAGUUGUUACUUCUAUAUCAUCCAGAUAAAGUAAGACAGAAUAUUGGACAAGGUGAAACAACCAAUUCAAACGAUGAGGAUAAAGUUGAUAAUCCAAUGAUUCACAAAAUCGUUGAGGCAUGGCAGACACUCAAGAAUCCCGAAAAGAGGAAGGCAUAUGAUGCAUUUAUCACUGCAUCAGAAUAUGCCGAAAAUCAAGAGAUUAUAAAUGCGGAAGUAGACUUGGAUGAAAUGGAUUUUAAUGAGGAAUCAAGCACUUAUUCAACAGAAUGUCGAUGUGGUGGAUCAUAUAUAAUAAGCGAACAUGAUAUGGAGGAGGGAAAGGAUGUUGUGGGAUGCAUAAACUGCUCGUUGAAAAUAAAAGUACUGUAUGACGUCAUCGAUUCUUGA